AUGCCCAAAUGUCGCCAAGAUAAGGCGACCGGCAAGCGUCCCAAAGCCAAGAUGCCAGACUCGAGCCUCGAGAUGGCCUCUCUCAUGGAGCGGGGACUGUAUGCGCUCCCAACUGAAGGAGAUGACCAACUCUUUGGAGACUUCACCCACGGCAAUGAUAUCAGACAGCGAGUUGCCGAUCACAUGUCCAACAACAAAGAAUACUUCAUGCAGUUUGUUUCCCAGGGGGGCGAGCGUCGUCGACCUAGGCGCGCCGCUGCUUCUGCAUACGCUACUCGUUCCGCCGAUGUCCCUUCUCAAUCCGAGCAAGAAAAAGAGCGCCUUUUUACCGAUAUGAUUGCCAAGUCUCGAAAGAAUGGAGAAUGGGCCGGCUCUGAACACAUCCAGGCCUUCUGCCAAGCUUAUAGGCUUGAUGUGGGCGUCUAUACAUCAGACGGCGUCCGAUCUUUCCAAGAUGUGAAUUCUGGACCCGACGAGUCGCGUAACGUUGUACAUGUCGCUUUCCAUUCUCAGACUUUCAAUCAUUACUCUUCGGUUCGUAGCGUGGACAAGAAACACGAAGGUCUUCUCGUCAGGCUGGAGCAUGACGGAAUUCCCUACCCAGACGUCGAUGACAAGGCUCAUGUAAAAUCCGAGGCGGUCACGACUGAAGACAAGACCGAUAUUAAUACCGACGUCAAGACUGAGCUUGAUCCCCACAAACCCGUCAACGACUCUCACAAUGACUUUCGCUCCGAACAAACUGCGAUUGAUCCCAAUACAAUUAGUGACAACAACCUUGCUGUUGAUCUGUACGGUCCGUGGCAUAUCAAUACCAUUGAGGAAGGUCUUGGUGGACGUUACGACCGAGAGACCAUCAUUGACAUGUUGAAGAAGUGCCGUGGCGACAUCGACCGCGCCUUUGCCGCGCUGCUUGACGAAGAUGCCGAUGCACACGUCGACAAGAAGUCCGCGCCUAUCAUCCCAGUCAAACCAAGUCUGCAGGCCUCCCGAGAGUCUUCCCCCUUCAGCACUGGUAGCAAGCGCUCAGCCGACGACAGCGACGAUUCUGAAGACCCCCGCCCCGCUAGACGGGUUAAGCCUAAGAAGCGAAUGAUCUCCAACCUUACACUGGGUGUCGGAAUCUCCUUCAGGGAUGAUCUUGAUGAGCUCGUCUCUCUCAACCUUCACACCCCCCCUGCCGCUGGUAACACCAGCCCCGAGUAUUCGGAUACGGAGGAAAAGACAUGUCGCCGCAGUGGAAGACUCUCUCGACCCCGCCCGAAUUAG